AUGUCUAUUCCCAAAAAACCCGCUGGAAAAGCAUUGGACAUUCUACAGACUUUACCUCGGAUAACACUGGCAAACCUGCGGCCGGAACCUGGCUCCAAACAGCUGGAAAAGCGGAGAGGCAGAGGGCAGCAUGGGGGCAAUCGGAGCGGCCGCGGGCACAAAGGAGAAAGGCAGAGAGGGAACCGGCCUCGCUUGGGCUUUGUUGGUGGUUCGACCCCAUUUUAUUUAGCCAUUCCUAAAUACACCUACAACGAAGGCCACAGCCGGCGCCCUCAGUACCAGCCCCUGACGCUCAAACGGCUCCAGUAUCUCAUAGAUUUGGGAAGAGUCGACCCUACUCAGCCCAUAGAUCUGACCCAGCUCGUGAACGCCAGAGGGGUCACGGUGCAGCCCCUCAAGAGAGACUAUGGCGUCCAGCUUGUAGAUGAGGGCUCCGACAUCUUUGCUGCAAAAAUCAAUAUAGAAGUUCAAAGGGCUUCUGAAGGGGCCAUCGCUGCCGUCGAGCGCAACGGAGGAGUCAUAACCACCAGUUACUACGACCCUAUAAGUCUGGGGAUUCUCAUCAAGCCUGUCCCAUUCUUCAUGAGAGGGACUCCGAUACCGCGCAGAAUGCUUCCAGGGGAAGACAUGGUGCCGUAUUACUCUGACGCUGAGAACAGGGGGUACUUGGCAGAUGUGGAGCAGAUCCAGCAGGCCCGACUCGCCUUAGCGCUCAAGUACGGAUACUCCUUGCCCGACAUUUCAAAAGACGAACUCUACCACAUGCUCUCUCUGGCCUGUCGUAGACCAGGGCAGGGCCUGUUGACACUGGAGGCUUACACUCGCACCCUGGUCCACAGUGCAGGGCAUCUUCUCAACCAAACUCUGGAGGGGGGGACAUAG